GUCUGCUAGAGCUAGCACCGCGUCGCUGCCGCUCCAGUCAUUCAGUCACGUGCUGACGGUCGUGGAGGACGGAUUGGUGGAGCGUGCAGUUUCGUUUCUCAUUUGCAUACGUAGCGAACUGUCAGCUGAUAAGUUAUAUUUCUUGUUUCAAUUAAUAUUUAUUUUUGUUUAAUAUUGUAGUAUAAUUUUAUCAUUUUUAAUCUAAUUAAGGGUAAUUAUUGUUAAUAGUGCUAAAAUUAUAGUGUGGUAAAGGAUUUUAUUAAUUUUUAGUUUUUUCGGAGGAAUUUAAUACAUAAAACUUUUUCAUUGUAAAUAUUAAGGUUUUCUUCAAAAAAUAGGACUUGUAUGAUAACUCCAAAUAUCGUAUUUCGAGGAAGAAAGGGGUGGAGUCUGGAGUAACUCGUGCACGGCAGAAUUGAGAUAUCAGACCCUCGGCAUUAGAAUGGUAUAUGACAAGUUCGUGCUGGCCGACGUACAAUAGGACGGCUAAUGGUCAUUGUUUCGCCAUGUUGGCAGGGGCUCACGAACAAUAGAUCUAUGCAAAUCCGAGUGCGGGGUGAAAGGUGUUAUGAGUGCAGAGGAUAAUGGGCUCGGCAACAGUUGCUGGGACAGGUGUGUCCACUGGAGUGACCUUAUCGUGAGAGCGGACCCGAAACGGAGUCAAAUGAUGCGGAGCAACCAACUCGUCAACGGCAACCAUGUCGGAAACGGCAACCACCCCGUCAACGGCAACCACGUCGGAAACGGCAACCAUACCGGUAACGGGACCGGUGGCAACUAUUUGGGCAAUGGCAAAGUGAAGUCAAAUGGACAUCUUCAGAAUGGAACCCCUCGCGGAUGGGCCAACGGUCACGUCAAGCGAGGAGAUGACAAACACUCCACCCUCUCCAGGUACUGGACGGUGGAGAGACCUCGCACAGGCCAGCAGAGGAACUAUGCAGCACUCCGGAGGGUCUGCAGAGAACGCGGCACUCUGUUCGAGGACACAGACUUCCCUCCCUGCCCCAGGUCACUCUACAAACACAAGAAGCCUUCAGUUCAGCCAAUCGUGUGGAUGAGGCCUCAUGAGAUGUGCCAGAGGCCGCGGUUCAUGAGCGACCCCAGCCGCACGGACGUGGAGCCCGGAGAGCUCGGCGAUUCUUGGUUCCUGGCUGCCGUUUCCUCCCUCACCCUCACCCCUCGGUUCCUGGAGAGGGUCGUACCUAAAGACCAAAGUUUCGACACCACAACUUCUUACUGUGGCCUCUUUAGGUUUCGCUUCUGGCACUUUGGAGAGUGGAAGGAGGUGUUAGUAGACGACAGGUUACCAACGUACAGAGGCCGAUUAAUAUACCUACAUUCAACGAACCCAACUGAAUUCUGGGCGGCUCUAUUAGAAAAGGCUUAUGCAAAAUUGUAUGGGUGCUAUGAGAGCCUGGGCCAAGGUGGUUCGACGACAAGAGCCCUGCAAGAUCUGACAGGAGGCAUUGUGCAGAGUUUUGGACUGAGCAACCAGGACCGCUACCUGACAUUCCAAGUACUCAAUAGUGCCGUACCCCGCUCUAGUCUUCUCAUUGCAAGCAUCAACCCAGAAAAGGAAAGCAAAAGACAACUAAGGCUGCGAAACGGGCUGAUGACACAGACAGCGUACAGCGUAACAGGACUUGCAAGAGUAAGAGGUCCACUCGGUGAAACCCCUCUAGUCAGACUGCGCAACCCGUGGGGGAAGGGCGAGUGGACAGGACCAUGGAGCGAGCGUAGCUGGGAGUGGGAUGGUCUGUCUGAGCGGGACAAGGAAUUAUUAAGUGUCCGAGUGCGAAAUGAUGGAGAGUUUUGGAUGUCAUUUGAGGACUUUGCUCGUCACUUCACCCACCUAGACUUGGUACAUAUAGGACCUGAUGACUGGAUGACAGAGCCUGCACUGCACUCCAAGCAGCCAUGGCGGGCAGUGCUGGCACGACGCAGGUGGCGGACUGGCUACAAUGCUGGUGGCGGACCUAACUUCACAGACACUACAGCUAUGAAUCCUCAGUUCCACAUCCAGAUACCACGGACAUCUAGUAACAAGUGCCAUGUAGUGGUGUCAGUCACUCAGUACUAUGAGACCCAGCCUGAAACUAAGAAGAAGAAACCUCUCUAUGCUAUUGGAUUUGCUGUUUAUGAGAUACCGCACUCAAUGCCUAGAUUAACUCCUCAAUUUGUCAUUGACCAAAAACCUUUGGAUGUCACAAACCACUCGAUAGCACGGGAAGUUGUCACAUUCUUUACCUUGCCACCUGGUGAUUAUAUUGUUGUUCCUCAGACGAAUGUGCCAAACUGUGAUGGAAAAUUCUUGCUUCGAAUUUUAACAGAUGAACAAAGUAAUAUAUGGGAAGUUAAUGAAGAUAAUAUGGUGUUCAGAAAUAUAUCAGCAGAAUUUUUAGAAGAUGCUGUUGUACUGCCUGAUGGUAAGAACCUGAUUGGAAAACUGCUCAUAAAGUAUCCUCCAGAAGUAGAUGUUUCACAACUGCAGAAGAUUCUGAAAGCGCAUUGGAAAGCUUAUCUACUAGAGAAACCUAGUUUAGAGCUUUGCAAGUCGCUGAUUAUGCUGAGAGACUACAAUAUCAGUGGAAGAAUCAAUGUUUUGGAUAUUCCAGUGCUGAUGCAUAUGCUUCAGUUUUGGAGGAUAGCUUUUGAGAAGUUUGAUCGCGGUAGCCACUCCAGUAAGACUUCCAGCUACAACCUGCGAGCCCUACUGUGGGAGGCUGGCAGCACUGUUAGCAAUAAAGUGCUAGAGUGUUUGGUUCUCCGGUUCGCCAAGAACUGCACAGUCUCCGCUGAGUGCUUUGUCAUGGCCAUGGUCCGGCUACACCUGGCACAUGAGAGGUACCAUAACUUGGACACAAAAAUGAAAGGCAACCCACUAUCUUUAGAGGAGAUGAUAUUAAUGACUAUCUACUCGUGACCUUGGCUUUGCUACUUUCUGCAGCUUCUUGACCAAAGAUGAAACUGUUCUGGGAGAUUUAUAUGUUUAUAUUUUAGUUUUAAGGGAUAAAAGUGAACUAUUUAUUCAAUCCAUAACUGUGUUCAAAAGAUUUAUGUAUAAAAUAUAUAUUUUUAUAAUACAUUUUCACAAAUUAAUCGCAAUUGUACACUUGAAAGUUAAAUGUCUUUGGGCUUCCUGUUUCUAUAGAAUAAAAUAUCAGAUCUAUUUUCAUUUCAUUGUUAUUAAUAUUAGUUAAAAAAUGUUUUAUCCCAUUAAUAUAUUAUGUUAACAUUAGGUUAGUCACUUUAAAAGACUGAUGAGGUAGUUUAAUGUAGAAAUAAGUGUGCCUUACAUUUUGUUGUUGUUUGGUUUCUUGUAAAAAUUAAUAAAUGUGAUUUACUUAAUGUAUCUCUAAUCUGGAUGAUGAAUAAUGGAUAAGGACACUUAUAAUUUUGUCAAGCAUUCAACUUAUUUUCAUUGUUGUUGUAUUUCAGUAAUCAUUUACUGAAUUUCAUUUUUUUAAAUAAGAAAUAGUUAUAAAAAUGCACUUAAUAUGCUUAAAUGUAUUUUUUAAUAAUAAAUAGUUGUAUAAAAAUGCACUUAAUAACUGGAAACAUUUGAGGCUUUCUCACAUGUAAUUAAAUAAGACAGUAACUUAGAUACGUGUAUUGAUUAGUAAUCUUAGUAAAUGUUAUAUAAAUAAUAAUUAUUCCUUUUAGCUUUCUGUCCAAACCUGAGGUUAUUUUUCAUAACACACUAAAAAUUGGAUAUAGCAGGAUCAUGCAUACAAUGCUAAAAGAUUUGUAUUACUCAUUCUGCAUGUUACAAAAUUUCUUUAUUUAAAGGAUAAUAAUAAAAUUAUUAUUUUAUAUAAAUGUAAGGUUAUACUUUAUGGUCAAUGGUACCUUAUAUUGUACAUAAUAAUAUAGUAAUGUACAGCAACCGUAACCAAAGGAUUUAAUAUAUGAAGUAUUUAUUAAAUCAUACAGCUUUAUUCCAAGAGCAAAUUGUAUAUAAUGUUGACAUUUAAGUUGUUAUUUCUGUGUAAAUAAAAAUAAUUGUUUUAUGUUAUUAUUUAU